AUGACUGAUUUCAAGAUUAAAGCUGGUUUAGCUCAAAUGCUCAAAGGUGGUGUUAUUAUGGACGUUGUCACUGCUGAACAAGCCAAAAUUGCUGAAAGAGCCGGUGCAUGUGCUGUCAUGGCUUUAGAAAAGAUUCCUGCUGAUAUGAGAAAAUCUGGUCAAGUUUGUAGAAUGUCAGAUCCAAAAAUGAUUAAAGAAAUUAUGGAAGCUGUUUCAAUUCCUGUUAUGGCUAAAUGUCGUAUUGGUCAUACUGGUGAAGCUCAAAUCUUGCAAGCUUUAGGUGUUGAUUUUAUUGAUGAAAGUGAAGUUUUAACUCCUGCUGAUAAACAAUACCAUUUGAAAAAAUCUGAUUUCAAUGUUCCUGUAUUAUGUGGUGCUAAGAACUUAGGUGAAGCCUUAAGAAGAAUCAAUGAAGGUUCAGCUAUGAUCAGAACUAAAGGUGAAGCAGGUACCGGUGAUGUUUCAGAAGCUGUUAAACAUAUCACUAUCAUCAAAAAAGAAAUUGAAGAUGCUGCUAAAUUAGAAUCUGAAAUUGAAAUUGAAAACCUUGCUAAAGAAUAUAGAGUUCCUGUUGAAUUAUUAAAACAAGUAAUUGCUGCUAAAAAAUUACCAGUUGUUAAUUUCGCUGCUGGUGGUGUUGCCACUCCAGCUGAUGCUGCUUUAUUAAUGCAAUUGGGUUGUGAAGGUAUCUUUGUUGGUUCUGGUAUUUUCAAAUCUAAGAACCCAGAAAAGUUAGCUAGAGCAAUUGUUAAUGCCACUACUCACUACAAUGACCCUGUCAAGUUAUUAGAAUAUUCCACUGAUUUAGGUGAAUUAAUGGGUGGUGUUGCCAUCAAUACCAUUAAAGAUAACGAAAGAUUAUCCGAAAGAGGAUGGUAG